AUGUUUGAGUGCGCUAUUUUUAGGGUUAUUGAAUUUUCUUGGCAAAGUGGUACGAGUCGAUCACUUGCAGGUCACGUAGGAAAGAUUAAAGGUUUUUGGGCGCAAUUUAAGGACGCAGUUACUUAUAAUGGUGGUGAUCUCCGGAAAAUAAUAGAUAUAGACAGCAAAAAAGUACUCGGCAAGUAUUCUGGCGUUCCUUAUUUUACUAACGGACAACGACGAUGA